UCCUAGGAGAGCCGGACUAACCGAAGCCAGGCGAACGGCAAGGAAAGGUACAAAAGAGAGGCUGGCGUUUGGAGCUCCAGUCCGGGCGAAAGGGGGCCGGGGGACCUGGAUGGGAGACCUCCCUUUGCUCCCCUUCCCCCGCCUCUGUCUCACGAGAGCAGGAGCUUCGCCCCCCUGAGAGGUUUGGGAUGGACUUGAACGAGGGGCGCAGCGCCUCCAGCCCCCUUCUGUCCUAGAGGGAGCCACCCCACCCUCAGCCGCCCCAGUCUGGAAGGCAACGAGCAAAGUGGCCCUCGGCAGAUCCCUGGUGGCCAGAAGGGGAGCCGGGUCGCAGCAGCGAGCGCAUCUCUCGCCCCGUCCCUCGGAGAACAUGACCAAGGCGAGGAGGCUCCCCGGGAACGCGUUGCCGUGCGCGUCGAUCUCUUUGCUGUGGGUCGGGACGCUGGUUUGCCUCACCGAUGCCAAGGGGACCUAUUACCGCCACCCGGUGUCCGUCCCUUACGGCAACCGCUUCAACCUCUAUACCUCAGGAUCUAGCCCCCAGCUUACUCCGAGCAAGCCCAUGGGGAGACACAAGAACUACUGUGCAUAUGUGGUGCAGAAGAACGUGACGUGCACCCUUCAGGAUGGGGCAGAGAGCUAUGUGAAAGCUGAAUAUCACAAGUGCAGCUGGGGACCCAAAUGUCCUGGGAAAAUCUUGUAUCACACUUUCUUCAGACCCAGAUACAAAAUUGGAUACAAGACUGUGACUGAAUUAGUAUGGAGAUGCUGCCCAGGCCUCAUGGGAGAGGGAUGCCAUGACAGUCCAACUGACCAGCCAGGGCUCCUGCCCCAGCACCCCAGUCCCAAGAUGCCUCCCACUCAAAAGAUGUUCCCAGGUUCUAGAGUUCCUCCUCACCCCAAAAUACAUGCGGAUCCAUUUCCAGGACCAAAGAAAAAUCAUUACGGUAGAAAAAUGCCUGGUUUAAUGGGAGAGAGACUUGACCAUCUUGAGGAGGAAGUCAGGCGUCUCUCACAGUCCUAUGACAACCUGCACAGUAUGGUGAGUGGCUUGGGAGACCACUUACGACUGGCCAUCCAGGAAGACACCAGUAAGAUGAUUGGAUCCUUGAUGAACAGCCCAAGCGUGCCUGAUUCAACCAUGGGAUUUGGGGUCAUUCCCGAUGGGAUAGUAGAUGCAGCAGACAAAGCUGACCUCUCCCCUUAUCCACCAGUGGGCGAAAUCCUAAGCAAAGUGACUGAGGUGAGUGAUGUACUAAAAACCAAGACUGGUCUGCUGGAUGAAGUGCACGGCAUGGUACUUGACCACGAUGGACAGAUCAAGCAUCUUCUGGAAUCAGCCCGGCCAUCACCCCUCACCUCCAUUGAUAUGCUUGAAGAGUAUGUGGACAGCAGGCUCAGCAACCUCCGGGUAGAAUUGCUGGAUGGCUUUGAGAAGAAACUGGUGAACAUCCAGAACACGUGCGAUUAUCGAAUCAAGGAAGUACAAGAGCAGUGUGAAGAAGAGAAAGCGGCCAACCUGCGCCUUCAACAGACCCUAGAUGGCAAAGAGCUAGAGAUCAAGAAGGAGAUUUCUCAGCUGGAAACCCAGAUCCAAGGGCUUACAGUGGUGGAAAGCUGCUGCAGCAACCUGAACUACCUCACCAAACGGAUGGACAUCCUUGAGAAAGGGCUACACAGCAUAUCUGAGUCUCAGAAGAAUCUACACUCCAGGAUGGACAAUGAACUUUCUACAGUCACCUUGGGGAGCCUCUUUGAAGGGCGUUUUGAGGACUUUGAGAGCAGACUGAAUAUUUCAGAGAGGGAAACAGGAAGUUGUUGCUCUAUUGUGGAGGAUUCUAUGAGAGGCCUGCUGGGGUCAGAGCUGGAUGGCACAAGGGCCUUGUUUGAUGAUAAAAUGAGAACGUUGGAAGACAGGUUCAUGACCAUUGUAGGAGAAGUGAACAACAUCAGCUCCACAGUGGGAGUGGAUGGAGCCAUGAUGCCAUUUCUAGAGGGAGAGCUUGCUACUGCGAGGAAGGAAACCAAUGAGCAGCUGGAGAUUCUUCAGAGUAGGAUGAUCACCUUGGAGAGCACAUGCUCACUGGGAUGCACGUCUACUUCAAAAGACGUAGAGAUCUUCCGUACGGAGAUUGAAGACUGCCAAAGCAAGAACCAGGAUCUGCUGCUUCGGAUGGACAGCAACUCAGACCUGCUGAGGAAGCUGAAUGCUACCAUUCUGGAGAUCCAGAGGCGAAUCGAGGAAGAGGCAGCCGGAGCCUUGCAAGGAGAGAUCACACUUCUGAAGAUAAAUUUGAAUACAAUGAGCAAAUCCCUCACAGGACUGAAAGAUUCGGUUUCCCAGUACUCAGACACGGUGCUGCAUGUCAACUCGUCUUUAGAUGAGCGAGAACGCAAGAUAGAGGAUGAGGUCUUUUCCAUACAAGAGAAGAUCAGUGACCAAGGCUCCCAACUACUGUUCAGCAACAGGCGUGUCCUAAACCUAAAAGGGGAUCUUGAGAGACUCAAGUCCAGGAUCAUCAGUGACCUCGGCAACUGCAAAAAUGUGGCUCAUAACCUGCAGAAGGAAGUGCUCCAGUUUGACGAACGUGUGGCUCAGGUAGAGGACAUGUGCGGCAGGCUCAGUGUGGUAACAGGAAGCUUGGACCGCAUCCGAAAUGAAUUGGAGAACAAUGCGGGGACUAUGUGGGGCUAUAUGGACCAUAUGAAUAAAACCUUAUCUGGCCACUCUCAGGAAAUAACCAUACUCAAGGACAACUUGUUGGAUUGCCAAGCGAAGGUCACAGAAUUAGCUGAAGACAUUGGCGUUUUAGAAGGCAAGCUGCAAAACCGGCGCCAUUAGCUACAGCAAACGUGUCUUGAAGUUCAACUAACUUAUACCAUGCAGAUUCCAAUGUGAUAUCAGGAAUUGUUUGGGGGUGGGUUUUUUAAAAAAAAUCAAGAGGAGAAGGGAAGGUUACACAAAAGUUAAAAGCUGCUAUAAGUCUCUCGUUUCACUCUAAAGAGUGGCAGUAUUCGCUACAGCCAAAGCUGUACAUCUGCCAUUACUGUAGUCUCUUGUGGACAUUUAGCAGCUGUACUAUGUAGCAAAAAGUGCCUUCCUAUAGUUGGGGUCAUGUUUGGGUUACAUUUCAGAACAUUGUUUAAUUCAGGAAGAAACUGGAGACAGACCUGUCUAAUGGAUUCUCUGCUUGGGGAAUAAUUAAAACUCUGGUAUUUAAGAGCUGAAACAGUGAAAAUCAGUUCCUACAGACUAUGUGAAUAUACUGGAAGCUAUGAUCCGGUUCAGGGGCCAUUCAAAGCAAUAUCACAAUUUAUGAGCAGACUGAUUUAAAACAAAGACUUGUUGUUGUUGUUGUUGUUGUUGUUCCAUUUUGUACAAAAAAUACAAAACCUGGACUGGAA